AUGGCACGGAAACCCAUCGUCCGGAUCAUCGGGUCUCUAAACAUCGACUUUGUCACGUUGACGCCGCGAGUGCCCGGGCCCGGCGAGACGUUGGAAGCAAAGUCCAUGACGGUGCACGCGGGCGGCAAAGGCAGCAACCAGGCGGUGGCGUGCGGCAAGGCGGCGUAUACGUCGGCCACGGAACAAGACGUCCAAGUCGAGAUGCUCGGGGCCGUGGGCGCCGGCGACCCGUACUACGCGUCGCUGCUGAAACCGACGCUGGCCAAGAGCGGCGUGGGCACGCGCUACGUCGAGGAGGUCGAGGGCGUGCAGACGGGCACGGCGACCAUCAUCGUCGACGAAGGGUCCAACGGCGAGAACCGCAUCCUCUUCGUGCCCGGCGCGAACCACCACGUCACGGACGUCGCCAAGGUCGUCGCCACCGCGACGCAAGACGGCGUCCCCGACGUGGUCGUCAUGCAGGGCGAGAUCCCCAAGUCGACGGUCCUGGGACUGCUGUCGACGUUCAACGGCCCCGAGGAGGAGGACGACGGGCACCGCCAGAAGGAGAAGAAGAAGAAGAAGAAGACGUGCGUGGUCUUCAACCCGGCGCCCAUGUUCGACGGCAUCCCCCUCGCGGCUCUCCGGAACCUCGCGGUGCUCGUGGUCAACGAGACCGAGUGUCUGUUGCUGUUCAAGGCCGUGCAGGAGCUCAGGGACAUCGAGACGCCGAGCAGCGGAGACGACGGGAGCCUCGCGCCGCACCUCGACAGACUCACGGCGCACCUCCACGAGCUCGCGGCCAUUUCCAUCGUCAUCGUCACCCUCGGGUCAAGAGGGCUGUAUUACUCUGCGGCGCAAACACGGACGCAGUCUCGGUCACGCGGACUCAUCCCCGCGGCCAAGGUGGCCAAGGUGGUUGACACGACGGGCGCAGGCGACACGUUUGUCGGGUACUUUUCCACCGCCGUGGCUCGACAUGUCUCUGGUUCCGACCACGGCACUCUAGAAGGGUUUGAUGUCCACGGUGCCGCGCUGCGUGCGAACGACGCCGCUGCAAAGUGUGUACAGCGCAGCGGAGCCAUGGAGAGCAUACCGUUUGGCUAUGAGGUUUAA